AUGGUGGCUUGCGAAAGACAGCUUCUAGGCCUGGCUUUGGCCUGCAUCGGCUUACUGGGGAGCAUCAUUAGCUGUGCUCUCCCCACAUGGAGCAUCUUGACAAAAGAUGACAAAACGAAGAACACAUGUGUGAUCUCACCAACAGGUGAAAUGCACUGCAUGGGGUACGAGUAUAUACCGUUACCUGAAGGCAUGAAGGGUGCCAGAGCACUCAUCAUCAUUGCCAUCAUCAUUGAGGUCCUUGGGAUCCUGCUUGGUGUGGCUGGGAGAAAUUUUAUGAACUUUGUGCCAGACGAAAGGCAAAGGAGCAAAAUGGCUCUGACUUCUGGAAUUGCCUUCCUCAUUGCAGGCUUCUUUUUUCUCAUAUCAGUCAGCUGGACCACCAACACCAUCAGAGAUGGUCAUCCUACCCAGUCUACUUAUGCUCUUGCUCAUGUGCUAAUUAAAAAGAUGGAGUUGGGAGCCUCGCUCUACAUUGGCUGGUUCACUACUCUUCUUCUGUUCCUGGGAGGAGGCCUCAUCUGCAGCUCCUUUUUCCGCAGAAAUGGAACUGAGUAA